AUGACAGCACAGAUGAGCUCCUCCUUGGAGUGGCGAAUGCGCAAGCAGCAGAGCAAGCUAGGGUUGCCGGUAGACGAGCCGGAGCAGCAGCAGGAGAAGUUAGGCUGGCCGUUAGUUAAGCCGGAGCAGCAGCACAGGGAGUUAGGGUGGCCGAUAGAUAAGCCGGAGCAGGAGCAGGGGGGAUUAGGGUGGUCUGUAGAUAAGUGGGUGAAGGAACAGGGGCAGCGGCGACCACAGCAUCGUCACACUAUUUAUAUCGAUAGGAAUGCGCAUUUUGAUGGAAUAGAAACGGGUAUUAAUGACAGGCAGGAGGGGCAUGAUACUGAUGCUGGGGAAUCAGAUACGGCUGACGCAAGCAGCAGCUUCUUCCACGUAGGCAGCACCGCAAAUAUAGUCAGCAACGGCGUCAUCCGUGUAGAUAGCAGCCGAGUAGAGAGCCACGUGGAAUUAGCAGGAGACGAGAGAGCAGCAGCGAAGGAGGAUGGAGCGGAAUUAGAACGAGCAGCGGCGGUCAGAUGGCGGGCGGAGAGGCAGUUGAUGAUUGCGUUGAGAGCAGCGGCAGCAGGGGGGUGGGUGGGGGCACUGGAAAGGCCGAGAGCUGUAGGGAACGCGAGUGUCUCAGGUUCGGCUCAACAGUCGUUAGGACAACCGAGAGUAGCAGGGAACGUGGGUGCCAACGUGGCAGGGAACGUGGCCAGGAACCUGCGUGCUACUGCGUUGAGGAGCAGGAAGCUGGCGGCCGCGAAGCUGCCGUCACAGAAAGGCUUCGUGAGCAUAGACUGUGGCUACAUGGGAUCUGCUGGAGCUAGCAACCUCGGUCUCAAGUGGUUACCAGACACGGCAGCGCCGGGCGGCAGUGUGGCGGUGAUCACCCGCGUGCCGGACGAACUGGUGGGGCAGGUGACGGUGGAGCAGACGCUGAGGGUGUUUGACGAUGGGAAGCCGUCAAACUGCUACCAGAUCCCCCUGGUUGCCCCAGGUCGCUACCUGGUGCGUCUCACCUUCUGGUACGGCAACUACGAUGGCAAGAACAUGCCACCCGUUUUCAACGUCACAGUCGGCACUGUGUCGCUGGGCCAGUACACGCCAUCCAACGACCAGAUUCUUGUGCUGGAGGUGAUAGUAACGGUGCCAGCGCGCACCCUCGCCAUCUGCCUCGUGCGCGUCUCGGCCGACCCCAUCAUCAACGCCCUCGAGAUCCGCCCGCUCCCUGCCGAUGCUUACAACGGGAGUGACUAUAGCGAGCAGCUGCUGCUCAACUACUGGAGGCUGUCCUGUGCUGGCGACUCGUGGCUUGUCGGUUCCUACCGGUAUCCUGACGACCCUUUGGAUCGUGUGUGGUACGCGGACAUGCCUCUAUUUGGCGACCCAGCGCCCGGCACCUACACCUACAUCCCCGCAGCCGCCUCUGUGGCCGUCACCAGCAGCAGCAUCGCCAUUCCCCCCAGCAUGAGCAGCAAUGCCGUGCCUCAGUUUGUGGUGCAGAAGGCGAGGACUACUAAGGGCCCUCAGGGGCUCACCUACCGCUUCUAUGGGCUGGCCCCCGGAAAAUAUCAGGCCUACCUCUAUUUUACCGACAUCAUUCCUCCUGCUGACGCCACCAGCAACAACGCCCCAUCAGCGGACCUCCUCCUGGCCAUCCUGAUUAAUGGCUCGCCUCUCCUCCGCAACGCCCCCGCCCUGCCCUCUACCGCUAACCGCCAGUGGAACAAAAACACCGCCGGGCAGCUCAGCUUCGCUUUUGACGUUGUUGGGGCAGCUGAAGGGGCAGGUGGAAACGCGACGGCGAAAGUGCAAGGGGCCGGGCAAGGGAACGGGCAGCAGCAGGGGCCGCAGGGAACGGUGGCGGAAACGAGUAUACAGCUAAAGGCAGAGGAGGGGAGUAGGGUGAAGGAGGUGGGGUUGUCUGGACUCGAGCUGUAUACUGUGGUGGAGCCAAAGGCUGCUGUGCCAAAAGGUCAAGUACGCGCCCUGUCAUGCAUCAAAGCACAGAUGGGCGGGGCAGCAGCGUUGGAUGGCUGGACUGGCGACCCCUGCUACCCCAUUGUGUGGCCGGGAGUCACUUGCAAGACCUCCCGCCUCCAUUCUUCCGUCAUCGGCCUGAAUCUAACCCACCUCAACAUCUCCGGUCCUUUCUCAGCCUGCAUCUCCGAGCUCACCACACUGCAGACUCUCUGGAUGGACCACAACCGGCUUCAAGGCUCCAUCCCCUCGUCUAUUGGGAACCUCACCCAGCUGCGAUCCAUCAAGCUCAACAACAACAAGCUGUCAGGGCCUGUCCCCGCCUCCCUUGCUGCUCUGCCCAACCUGCAGUUCCUAGACCUAAGCUCCAACAAUCUCUCCGGCCCCUUACCUUUCAACCGCUCCAGCAACGUGCAGAUUGGCCUGAGUGCCCCGCUCCUCUGCUCCCCAAGCUCGUCCUUCAACCUCGCUCAAACAUCCCCCCCCCACCUUCCUCCGCACAACAUCCCCAAACCCUCUGUCUUCUCGUCCCCUUCCCUGCUUCCGUUUCUGCCCCUUUGCACCUUCUCCCACAGUAUCUCUGGAAAUCUCAACCUCUGCUUCCCAGACGCCUCCUUCGGCUUCCCUCAACCCUCCCCCACUCUUCCCACGACAACCCCAAACUCUCGCUCUUCUCUUCCCUUCCCUGCUUCCGUUUCUGCCCCUUUGCAACUUCUCCCACAUGUCUCAGGCAACCUCAACCUCUGCUCCCCAGACGCCUCCUUCGGCCUCCCUCUGUUGUUUCCGGAAUCGACCCUGCCCCCCUCCCUCCCCUUGUCUUCUCCACCCCCUUGCAGUGUCUCAGGCAACCUCAAUCUCUGCUCCCCAGACUCAUCCAUCAACCUCCCUCAACCCUCCCCCACUCUUCCCACGACAUCCCCAAACCCUCGCUCUUCUCUUCCCUUCCCUGUUUCCGUUUCUCCCCUUUUCAACUUCUCGUGCAGUGUCUCAGGCAACCUCAAUCUCUGCUCCCCAGACGCCUCCUUUGGCCUCCCUCCCUGCAACAACACCAUCCCCACCCCCUCCUCCUCCCCAUCUGACACGUCAGCACAAACUGCCACGUCACCUGCAGCCAUGAGCACAGCUGUCCUCAUGGCGCUCAUCCUAGGUGUCAUAAUCGGCGUGCUAAUGGUGCUCCUCGCCAGCUGGCUGCUGCUGAGGUGGCAGCAGCGGGCGGCAGAGAGAGGAGGCAUGGGAGGAAGGAGCGGUGCUGGUGGUGGUGGUGGCGGUGGUGGUGUGGGAGGGGAUGGGUUGGGGCAGCAGCCGCCUGUGGUAGUGUAUGUGCAUGGGGACACGGGGGCUGUGACCGUGCAAGCAGCAGGUACGAAUAGCACCAUCGCUCUCCCUUCUCUCAACUCUGCCGGAGCGACUCUCUACACGCAGAGCAACCAGGUGCUCCUCUCGCCCAAGGCUACUGCAGGCUUGUCCCCCGCAGCAGUAACGGCAGCAGCAGCAGCGAAGACAGCAGCGAUAGAGGGAACCGAACCUCCUGCAUUCAAAGCCAGUGUCCUCCCAGCGGUACCUGCCAGCCAAGAGGAGACUCCCCUGCUGGCUCCUGCACCAGACAAGCCAGCAGCAGCACCAGCAGCAGCAGCAGCAGCUGAAUCAGCGACAGCAGAAGCAGCAGUGCCAGCAGCGCCGACCGAGGGGAUGGCAGUGCCAGGUGCUGGGAAUGCUGUGGGACCAGCAGCGUUUGCUGCAGGAGCAGCAGCGCUUGCCACAGGAGCAGCAGCUCUUGCUACAGGCAACUCUCCUGCAAGGGGGAAGGCUGCAUCAACUCCCGGGGGCUUUGGGCCUGUAUACCGGGGUGUGUUGCCAGACGGACGGAUGGUAGCAGUGAAACGGAGGGACGAUGAUUCACUGCAGGGAGACAGGGAGUUUGUGAAUGAGGUGGAUUUGUUGUCCCGAGCCUGCCACCCGAACCUGGUGGAGCUGGUUGGGUACUGUAGAGAGGCUCGGCAGCACCUGCUGGUGUAUGAGUUCAUGCCGAACGGGACGGUGAGGGAGCAUCUGUACGACCAGAUGGGGCAGCCGCUGGGGAGGCUGAGGUGGCUCACCCGCAUUCAGAUCGCCCUGGGUGCUGCUAGAGCCAUCCAGUACCUACACACGUGUCUCCAGCCGCCCAUCAUCCACCGUGACAUCAAGACGAGCAACAUCCUGCUGGACGGCCGGCUGAACGCGCGGGUGGCAGAUUUUGGACUGUCCCGGGUGGGCCCACAGGACAACAGAAGCCACGUGUCUACUGUUGUGAAGGGCACAGCGGGAUACCUGGACCCUGAGUACUUUACCAUUCAGCAGCUGACGGAUCGCAGCGACGUGUUCAGCUUCGGGGUGGUGCUGCUGGAGCUGAUCUCGGGCCAGCAGCCCAUCGACCUCAACCGCCCGCAGCAGCACUGGAGCAUUAUCGACUGGGCGCGCGACCACUUGCAGCAGGGCAACAUUCGGGCAGUAGCAGACCCCACGCUGCUCCCCCACGAGUGGGACGAGGAGGCCAUGUGGCGGGUGGCAGAGGUCGGCAUGGUUGCAGUGAACCAUUUGCUCUACCUUCGCUCCAUAUAUCCUCCAGAAAUAUUUCAUCGCAGCCGCUUCGCGUCGGUUCCUGUGUACUCCAGCAGGCACCCAGGCCUCCGCUGCUACAUUCGAGACGCCAUAAAUGACCUUUCCCCAUACAUUGACAAGGGUGUUGUGGAACGAAUUGACCUUGCCGUUUUCUCAACAGAUGGAAGAAAAGUCUAUGAGAGAAUAGUGUUUGACUUCUCCAUUUUCCAGCCAGCGCCAUCUGGCAGCGUACCAGCUCAGCAGGACAGCUUGGAGUCCAUUGAGUAUUGCCUGCGCUCGUUUCUCGUCAAAGCAUCCGUUUCAGAGUGCUUUCAACGACCCCUCCCUCAAGAAUGUGCAUGGGAGCUGGUAGCUCACUCUAAGAAUCUCCCUUCGGACAGAAGCUCAAGUGGGCAGUUCUGGAUCCCAGCUGAUUCUUCGUCAGAAGGUCGUGUGACGUGGCAGUGGAAGCCCAUUGUUUCAUCUGCCCGGCCAGACGACCUGAAAAUCUACCACUGGGUUAAAGUGGUGGACGGCAAGGUUCCGGAGGAGGACUAUUCGUUUGCCAAGUACAACAAGCCACCUCAAGUGCUAAGGUAUACGGACGAGGAAUACAAGAGCCUGCUUUACCACCAUCGCUGGUCCCGGGAAGAAACAGACGCACUUAUUGCUAUCUGCGCCCGAUUCGGGCUGCGUUUCAUCGUCGUCGCUGACCGUUACAACACCGACGUGGAGCGUUACAAUGAGAGCAUUGACCGUUACAACUCGCAGUGCGACCAAAUCAGUGCCCCUAGUCUUGCUAGUGCACCAACAACUUCUCAAGGCGCUACUGGUGCUGCUGCUGCUGGUGGUGCUGCUGGUGCUGGUGAUGCUGGGAAGGGUGGUGAUGCUGCUGCUGGUGGUGCUGCUGCUGGUAGUGCUUGCAAGGAAGAGCCGUUUUCAGGGGCUGGGGCAAUCAAAGACGAGCCUAGGGAAACCACUGCUGGUGCAGGAGAUGCUAGAGCAAGGGCGGCAGGUGGGGCGGCAGGUGGGACGGCAGGAGGGGCGGCAGGAGGGGCGGCAGGAGGGGCUGCAAGAGGGGCGGCAGGGGUUGGAGCUUCUGUAACAAAGGCCGGGGAACCAAGGUCAAGUGCGGUGAAGAGGAAAGAAAGGACGGUGGAGGAGAUUAAAGAGCGGUACUAUGAUGUCACCAAGAAGCUCCUUGCUUCACGAGCAGCAGCAGGAGAGAAGGUGCCCAUGGGUCUACUGCCAAAGACGAAUUUUGAAGCGUUCAUGUUAAAGGGGGAGAGCAGCAGCAGGAGAGGAGGUGCCCAUGGGUCUACUGCCAAAGGGGGAGCAGCAGCAGGAGAGGAGGUGCCCAUGGGUCUACUGCCAAAGGAUGGUUACAACAUGCGUGCUGAGGUGGAGCGCAAGACCCUGCUGGCUGCACAGCUGGCGCUGACUAGGCGCCAGCUGGCAGAGGAGGAGAAGGUGCUGGCAGAAGCGGCGAGGGUUCCCAAGGCCCCCCAGGGUGGAGUGAGUGACGAGCAGCUGAACGAGCAGGAGGAGAGAAUUCUGUGUAGGGCCUCCAUUCCCCCAUCCCCCACCCUCUCCUCUCUAGCACCACCAGCAGUAGCAGUCACUCCUCUGCAAGACUCCCACGUGGCACCUCCAACUGUGCCCGCAUCAGCGUCCACGUCAGCAGCUGCCCAUGCUGACGUGGCGCCAGCUCAUGCACCUGAGCGAACACGUCAGCAUGCGGUGUCAGCAGGAGGGGGAGGGUCCCGGGGCGCCCUUGCUGCUCCGGUGUCAGCCCAGGCUGGCAAUGCGAGAGUGCCGCGUGUGUUCGUGAGAGGUCCCCGUCUGGCGUCCACCCUGCUCGCCUCCACCACCACAGCUGGCGCCCGAAUGGCCAAGCGCAUCGAAAACACGCUUCAAGAGCUGGGGGUGAGUGAGGUGGUGUAUAGGAGACAGAACAAUGGGAGGGGGGAAGAGGAUUAUGAUGAGGGCAGGGAACUGGCGUCCACCCUGCUCGCCUCCACCACCACUGCUGGCUCUAGAAUGGCCAAGCGCAUCGAAAACACGCUUCAAGUGCUGGGGUCAUUCCCCCGUCAUUCUCUCCAAGUUCAGGUGCUCUAUGUAUGCUAUGUGACUUUUGAGUCGACUCAAAAGUCACCAAGUUCAGGUGCUCUAUGUAUGCUGUGUUCAAACAGCCCUACUGUCCCCAAGCCUCCUACUCGUUCCGCCCCUCCUUCGCCCCUCCCUCGCCCCUCCCUCGCCCCUCCCUCGCCCCUCCCUCGCCCCUCCCUCGCCCCUCCCUCACCCCUCCUUCGCGCCUCAGUCUGCCCCGCCUACUCAUCACCCCUCCAUACACAGGUGCCCCUAGCACCCCGCGUGCCCACGCGGGAGGUGUGUGCGGAGUACGUGGCGCUGAGGAAAGAGGUGGUUGCGCUGCUGAACCUGCAGAAAAAGGUUCAUUGGAAGGAAAACGAGCUUACUCUUUUAAAGGAGAGCCUUCAAAAGGAGACAGGGGGAGGGGGGGGCGUAGGGGGGGGAAAGGGUGUUGCAGGAGGGGGGAAGGGAGUGGCUGGGGUAGGGAAGGGGGUGUCUGGGGGGGCUAAGGGCGCAGGAGGGUCAACAGGGGGAAGCAAAGGGAGUGGGAAAGGGGGAGGGGGAGGAGGAACAGUGAAGGGGGGGGGAGGAGGAGGAGGAGGAGGAGGAGGAGGAGGAGGAGGAGGGGGAGGAGGAGGAGGAGGAGGAGGGGUGGGGGGAGGGGGAACAGAGAAAGGGGGAGGAGGAGGAGUGCAAACAGCUGCUCCAGCAGCAUCAGUGUCGGUCGCAGGAGCAGCAACACACCAAAAGCACCACGACUCGUCCACCCUUGCACCCCUUUCCAGACAAAGGGGUCUGACCUGA